AUGAACCUGAGUGAAUGUGAAGUGAACAGAAGGAAGGGUCUCGGCAAAGGAGGAGCCAAGCGUCAUCGCAAGGUUCUUCGGGACAACAUCCAGGGCAUCACCAAGCCUGCUAUCCGCCGUCUGGCUCGCCGCGGUGGCGUGAAGCGCAUCUCUGGACUCAUCUACGAGGAGACCCGUGGAGUGCUCAAGGUAUUCCUGGAGAACGUCAUCCGCGACGCUGUGACUUACACCGAGCACGCCAAGCGCAAGACGGUGACUGCGAUGGACGUCGUGUACGCCAUCAAGCGACAGGGCCGCACCCUCUACGGCUUCGGUGGCUAA